AUGUGCCACAAGUCACAUGCCAACAUUUUUGGAAAUGCCUUCGAGAUGAAAUUGGAUGAUGAGAAAAAGAUCAACAUCAACUUUUAUUUGAGAUGUGAAGGAAAAUGUCAGGAAAAUAAAUAUUGUGUGUCGAGUUGUGGGGAUGAACUUUACAAUUCUACACCAAAGCGAGCAGAAAGCAUAUGA